GAAAUGAAGAAAAAAGAGAGCAACAGAAAAGUGCCAACAUAACGGAAGACAAGUUAGGAUAUGCUGUCAUGUUUCACCAAAAUUAGUUCCCAUAAGCCAUUAACUCGUCGAAUCUUUCUCUCGGCCUGCAGGAAAAUGGAGUUGUUUGUUGGUUCGGAACACUCCCAUCUAUACCAGAAGUACCGACCCAUUUAUCCCCCGGAACUCUAUGCUUUUAUUGCCAAUUUCUGUAAGACUGGGAGAGGGAGUUUAGAUACGGCGGUUGAUGUAGGGUGUGGGACUGGUUUAAGCACCCUCCCGCUCUGUAAAUACUUCAAUAAAGUGAUCGGGGUGGAUGUUAGUGAGACCCAGAUAAACACAGCACGACAAACACACGGUCAAAGUAACUUGGUGUUUCACACCAGCCAUGGAGAAUGGCUAGAGUUCUUGUCCGAUUCCAGCGUCGAUCUGGUUACGGUUGCUCAGGCAAUGCACUGGAUAGAACCGGAACCAUUCUACAAGGAAGUGACAAGAAUUUUGAGACCUGGUGGUUGUCUGGUAGUUUACGGGUACGGGAAUAGUACAAUUAAUAGUAAGGAUGGCAACAAGAUCAUAGAAAAGUUUUACAGUUAUGACCUGGAAGGGUUCUGGGACACAAGGAGACGCCAUGUUGAAAAUCUGUAUCAGGAUAUAAAUCUUCCAUUUACCGGAUCGGAGAGAUUGGAAAAUAUUUACCAGGACCAAAAGAUUACCAUAACAUGGCCCGUGUUUGUUUUACUUGGAAGAAAGGAAUCGGAAAAGAAACCGUAACCUUAGAUAAUUGUAUCAAAAAGAUUUCAUGGACAAUUCUAAUUAACAUAUCAGAGAAAAUAUAUUUUCAUAUAGAAACUUUUAUCAUGUUUAAAUGCAUUAAAGAAUACAAUUCUUACAAAUGUAAAACAGAUGGG